AUGCAAUUUUCAAUUGAUGAUAGUCGUAGUGGUAAAAAGCAUUUACAUGUGGACAGAAACGAAUACGCAUUACGGCGAAUAAAUAAAAAGGGUGCUAUACAUUGGCAAUGUGUAAGACGCGGUUGCUCCGGGUCAGCUUCAACUUUCAACAACACUGUUCAAUUACGAGUUGCGCAUACAUGUGAUGUAAGCGGCAAACGAUUAAUUAAAGAAAAAAUGAGAAGACGUUGUGAUUCAGAAUCAGUACCAGUACCACAAAUUUACGAAGAAGAACUCUGUAAAGCUGUAGCAGGAGGAAUGAAUAUAUCAGGAAUGCAUUUUGACAGUGUUAAGUCAUCAUUGUAUCGGCAACGCAACCAUUACAUACCAACACUCCCAAUAACAUUAGACGAUGUUAAUGUACCACAAGAGUGGCAAGUUGAUAAUGUUGGCAAUCAAUUUCUACGUUUUACAAGUCCAAUGCCAAACAAGAUGUUAGUAUUUGUAACAGAACGUGGUCUAAAUGAAUUAGCUUCAUGUGACCAUUGGAACGUUGACGGUACCUUUAAAACAGC